AUGGGUGCCAUCGCCACAGGUAGGGUCGACACCGCCCAGCGGGUGGCUGCCCUCCGAAAGCUCAUGGAACAGGAAAACGUCCAGGCCUACGUCGUCCCCUCGGAAGACGAGCACGCCUCCGAAUACCCCGCCGACUCGGACCUCCGCAGGGGCUACAUCACCGGCUUCACCGGCUCUGCGGGCUGCGCCAUCGUCACCCUCAAAGAGGCGCUCCUCUUCACCGACGGCCGCUACUUUCUCCAGGCCGGCCAGCAGCUCGAGCCGGGCGUCUGGACCCUCAUGAAGCAGGGAGAGCCCAACGUCCCCACCUGGCAGGAGUACCUCUCCAAGAACGUGCCCGCCAACUCCCGGAUCGGCAUGGACCCCUCCCUGAUCAGCGCCGACGACGCCAAGGACAUCUCUUCCGAGCUGGCCAAGAUCGGCUCGAGCCUCGUCGGCAUCCGCGACAACCUCGUCGACCAGGUCUGGACCGACCGGCCCUCGCGCCCGCACGAGCCCAUCUUUGUCCUCACCGACGAGUACGCCGGCCGCGGGUACGCCGACAAGAUCCAGGAGCUGCGCGACGAGAUCAGCAAGAAGAACGGCAAGGGCUUUGUCGCCAACAUGCUCGACGAGACCGCCUGGCUCUUCAACCUGCGCGGCACCGACGUGCCCUACAACCCCGUCUUCUUCUCCUUUGCCCUCGUCCUGCUUGACCGCACCCUGCUCUACGUCGACGACCGCCAGCUCAGCGACGACGUCAGGUCCCACCUCGGAUCGGACGUCACGCUGCGCCCCUACUCGAGCUUCUACGACGACCUCCGCAACGUCGGCGCCGAGCUCAAGGACGGCGAGAAGAUCAUCAUCGGCAAGCGCGCCUCGCUCGCCGUCCAGGAGGCGCUCGGCGGCCCUGGCAAGGUCGAGAUCGCGCGCUCGAUCGUGGGCGAUCAAAAGUCGAUCAAGAACGACACGGAGCUCGACGGCUUCCGCGCGUGCCACAUCCGCGACGGCGCCGCCCUCUGCCAGUACUUUGCCUGGCUCGAGGAGAAGCUGCAGGCGGGGGAAAAGGUGACCGAGUCCGAGGGCGCCGACGUGCUCAGCCAGUACCGCCAGAAGCUCGACCACUUCCGCGGCGAGAGCUUCACGACGAUCUCGUCGACUGGCCCCAACGGCGCCAUUAUCCACUACAGCCCGGACCCUGCGUCGUGCCCGGCCAUUGACGUCGACGAGAUCUACCUGUGCGACUCGGGCGCCCAGUUCACCGACGGCACCACCGACGUCACGCGCACCUGGCACUUUGGCAAGCCCACCGACGCCCAGGUGCGUGCCUUUACCCGCGUCCUGCAGGGGCACAUUGCCAUUGACCGCGCCGUCUUCCCCAAGGGCACGACGGGCUACCUGCUCGACGUGCUGGCAAGGCGUGCGCUGUGGGAGGACGGUCUCGACUACCGCCACGGCACCGGCCACGGCGUGGGCCACUUCCUCAACGUCCACGAGGGCCCGCAGGGCAUCGGCACGCGCACCGUCUUCAACGACACCAGCCUCAAGGAAAACAUGGUCGUCUCCAACGAGCCGGGCUACUACGAGGACGGCAAGUGGGGCAUCCGCAUCGAGAACCUCGUCAUCGUGCGCCCCGCCAAGACGCCCAACAACUUUGGCGAAAAGGGCUACCUGACGUUUGAGCACCUGACCAUGUGCCCGAUCCAGGUCAAGCUGAUUGACGCGAGCCUGCUCAACGCCGACGAAAAGAAGUGGAUCAACGAGUACCACGCCGAGGUCGAGCAGAAGGUGGCGCCGCUGCUGGCGGGCGACGAGCGGGCGCUCAAGUGGCUCCAGCGCGAGUGCCAGGCGCGGGUCUGA